AUGAUAAAAAUCUAUUUUUUUAUAGUUCUCUUCACGACCUUAAUUAAAGGUUGUUCAUAUUUGUAGAACGAUGCUAUGAAAAUAAUAUCAACUCCAAAAGAAGUCAUCAACAUUUAAUUUACGUCAAUUUUCAAAUUCAAUCAAUACAUAAAAAUUACAUUAAUAAGUGAUGAUGAUAAAUUUGUUAUUGUCAAACCUAUUGAGUUGACUGAAAAGUUAUAAAUAAAAAGUUUAGAGAAUAACUAGGUAAUCUCAUAUAAGUUCUAUAAAACAAAAAGUAGUCGUGACCCUCUACAUUUUAUGGCAAUUUUAGUACAAUCGAAUGAUCACUAUAUUGUAGAAUAUAAUUCUCAUAUUUACAGUUCUUUACCAUAAAUUGAUUCAAUAACAGAAAGAAUAGAUUAACUUAAUUCUAUUUGUUAUGACAUAAUUUAAGUCGACUCUAUUUUUAUUGUUGAUUGUUAAAUGGAAGAUUAGGAUUAUUUUUCAAUUGGACAGGAUAAAUUUAUUCCAAUUUAAAAGGCUAAGAGUUAAUAGAGGAAAUUGGAUUAAAUAGAUAAUUACAUUUUAAGAUGCACUGUUAUUGAAUUAGAAUUAUACAUUUAUGAAUAAAAUACAGUUCAAUUUCUUAAAAUUCUUGAUUAGAAUACAAUGAGUGAAUUAUUAAGAAAAGAAAACUUUAAACUUGAAAUAAGAGAUUUUAAGACUCAUACAAAUGGUUAAUUCAGUAUUUUGAAUGCUUAUGGAGAGUUGAUAAUACUUGAAUAUAAUAGAGAUGAUAAUUAAUGGGUCUUAAUUGAAAACUUGGAUACAAAGACUUAAAAUGCAAUUGGAUAUGAUAUUGAUAUAGAAACUAAUUAAUAUGUAGUAAUUUAAGAAGAAAUUCUUUAUUUCAAAUCAAAAACAAAUUAAGAAUAUUCUGUUAAUGUAGUUUUAAAUGAAAAAAGUAGUGUUUAUUUAACAAAAAAUUAUAUAUUAUUUUAAAAGUCAGAUAUACUAAUACUUUAUGAUUAGAAAUUGGAAAAGCUUUAUUCAAUUCUAAUGGAUUAAUCUAAGUAUAGAAUUACAUCGAAUCCUAAUUUUGAUAGUAUAAUUGCUUUGGGUGAUACUGAAAUUUAUCGUUAUACAAUUAAUAGUGAUUACUAUUUAUAAUUUAAAUCUGAUAACCUUUAAGAAUAAUACAGUCAAAUAUAAAUAGUGUAAGGUCUAAGUCCAACUAAGUGUUAAGUCACUAUUUCUUAUAAAGUAAUUUCAACAGAUACAAUGGAAAUGUUUUAAACUUAAGAAGCAUCUGCUUUAUUUGCAUACGGAGUGAAUUUAGAUGAGAGGGUUGCAUAAUUUCAACCUGUUUAUUAAGGACCAAAUCUUCAUUAUGAAUUUUAUAAUAAUGAUAUUUUAAAAGUGCAAGUUAAUAAUCAUUUAGAUGUUGAAAUUGUGAAUUUAGAUUCAAAAGAUAUUGUUUAUAGAAAAGCUAUUUCAAAUCUUAAUCCAUAGUAAAUAUAUUUUAUAUAAUAAAAAUAAAACUUAGAUAUUGAGGGUUUCAAGUGUGAGAAUAUUUCAUAAACAAAAAUUAAUUGUAAUAUAUGGUUUGAAAAAAUCACCUUCCUUAAAUUAGAAGAUUCAUCAAAAUAGAUUUGGUGGAUGAAUUAAGAUGGGCUUUAUUUUGCAAAUUUAAAUGAUAAAUCAGUAAAUAUAUAUUAUUUAUCUAACUAUGAAAAAUAAUUUGAAUAAUUUUAAGUUAUUGAAUUACAAACUCAAGGAAACUCAUUAAACACUGAUGGAAUUCAUUUGUUUAUUUUAGUUGAAAAAGAUGUUGAAAUAUAUACAAUCAAUUCAAAAGAAUGGAAAAAAUUAUCCAUAGACUUUAAAGGUGUUAGUUAAGUUUUUUCAUCACCAUAUUAAAAAGAUAUUGUAUUUAUCUAUGAUGAUAUUAAAUUAUCUUUAUAUAGCUUACAGUAUUAAAAGUUAUCAUUAAUUUGGUUUACAUCUUUUGAAAGUAAAGAGGUAAUCAAAAUUGCCAUAGCACAUUAUUAUUUCUCCAUUUUGAUAAAAAUUUAAGAAGUUUAUGAAAUUCUAGUUUUUAAUAUUGAAAAUGAAGGUCAUAUUUAUUUCUAAAGAAAAUUAAGUUUAUAUCAUCAUGCAAAAGCUGAUAUCUCAUUUUUUGAUUCCAAUUAUUUUAAUGACUAAAUAUAUAUUGCAGGAACACAUGACAUAACUGGAAAAUAGGAAAUUUUGGUUUAUAAAAUGGCUUAAGUAUCUUUAAACUCUUAAUUCAUGAUUUUAAAUAUUACAUCUUCUCUAAUAUCAGCUGCUAAUAAUUUUUUAUUUAUUAAUGAUUUUAGUGCAUAAAAAUUUUAUUCAUAUUUCCUUGAUGGAAAUUAUUUUGUCAGUACUGCUUUUGAUACUUCUUAUCAAUAAUAAACUUACAAUAAAGAUAUUUAAUUAUAAGGAAAAGUGUCUAAUACAGAUUUUAAUAGACUUAUUAAAGAAGUUCCAAUUUCUAUAAUAAAUAGUGGAACUUAAUUAUUUGGAAUUAAAAAAUAAUUAAAUUUUACAUAUGAUAAAGAUGAAAAUAGAAGUCAUUGUUUUGAAACAGGAUAAUCAUGGUAUAAUGGUUAAGCUUUUGAUAUUGAAUUAUAAGAACCUUAUGGAGAUAUCGAAUAUUAAAAAACAUUAAUUAAAUAAACUGAAACUAUUUAAUCUAGUGAAUCUAUUAUGGAAUUUGAUCUUAAUACUUUAGUUUAAUUAAUCUAAAAUAAAAUUAUUUUAAUUAAUAAAGCAGAUUUUUAAACUACUCAAUUUUCAUUAGAUAAUAAAUAUACAUUUAAUCAUAUUCUUUAUAUUAAAGAUAAUCUUAUUUAUGAGGAAGCUAUUUCAAAUGAUUAAUAUUUGCUUAAACUAAUUUAUUAUUAAAAUUCUUAAUUUUAUUUAAAGGAAGGAGAAAUUACUUAUAAUUAUAAAAUUAAAAAAGCUUAUCAACAUUAGGAUAGAUUUUUUAUUUGGAUUCUUAAUUAUGUAAUAGCAUAUGAUACAAAAGUUGAUUGCCUUGAUUUGAAUUAAUAUCAAGUCAUUAAAAGAAUUUUUCCAUUAUCUGAUCCAGAAUCAAUUGAGAUUCUACAUAUUAAGGAUCAAAUUUACUAUUUUUUUUCUAUAAGUUUUUCUGGAUAACUUGAAAUUAUAGCUUAUGAAAUAAUUAAGACUUCUUAAAAAAAUUUUUUUUUUGGAAUUUGA